GGCCGCCCGCCCAUGGAGGACACCCUCAAGUCGCUGUCCAUGGACUACCUCAACCUGCUCAUCAACGGGCAGGCCUUCAGCGACGUCACGUUCAACGUGGAGGGCCGCCUCGUGCACGCGCACCGCUGCAUCCUGGCCGCGCGCAGCCUCUUCUUCCGCAAGUUCUUCUGCGGCGCCGAGCAGGCCGCCGCCGGGCCCGGCGCGCUGCUGCUGGACCACCUCAGCCCGCGUUCCCCGUCCGGCACCUCCUCCCCGCGCGGCGCCUCCGCCGCCGCGCCGGGCGCCGCCGUCAUACCCGUCAACUCCGUCAGCUACGAGGUGUUCCUGCUGCUGCUGCAGUUCCUCUACAGCGGCCAGGUGUCCCUGGUGCCGCAGAAGGGGGAGCCCCGGCCGGGCUGCGGCGAGCGCGCGUGCUGGCACACGCACUGCGCCGCCGCCGUCGACCUCGCGCUCGACACGCUCGCCGCCGCACGCUCCUUCGGCGUCGAGGAGCUCGCGCUCCUCACCCAGAAGCAGCUGGCCGGCAUGGUGGAGAAGGCGUCGAUCGAGGACGUGAUGAAGGUGCUGAUGGCGUCGCGGAAGCAGGACCUGCACCAGCUGUGGACCACGUGCUCCCACCUCGUGGCCAAGUCCGGGCUGCCGCCGGAGGUGCUCGCCAAGCACCUCCCCAUGGACGUCGUGUCCAAGAUCGACGAGCUCCGCCUCAAGUCCUCGCUGUCCCGCCGCUCGCCGUUCCUCGCGCACCACCACCACCCGGCACCGGGGGGCGGCAUGGAGGCCUCGUCCGCGGCCGACAUCGACGACCACCACAAGAUCCGGCGCAUGCGGCGCGCGCUCGACUCCUCCGACGUGGAGCUCGUGAAGCUCAUGGUGAUGGGCGAGGGGCUGAACCUGGACGAGGCGCUGGCGCUGCACUACGCCGUGGAGAACUGCAGCCGGGAGGUGGUGAAGGCGCUGCUGGAGCUGGGCGCCGCCGACGUGAACCACACCGCGGGCCCCGCCGGGAAGACGCCGCUCCACGUGGCCGCCGAGAUGGUGUGCCCCGACAUGGUCGCCGUGCUUCUCGACCACCACGCCGACCCCAACGUGCGCACCGUCGAGGGCGUGACGCCGCUGGACAUCCUCCGCACGCUCACCUCCGACCUCCUCUUCAAGGGCGCCGUGCCGGGGCUCGCGCACAUCGAGCCCAACAAGCUCCGGCUCUGCCUCGAGCUCGUGCAGUCGGCGGCCAUGGUCAUGUCCCGCGAGGACGCGCACACGGCGGUCAACGCCGCGCCCAUGUACGGCGAGCCUUCCGGCGGCGGCGGCUGCGGCGUGUACAGUGCGAGCGGCACCAGCAGCACGAGCUUGGUGAACCUGAACCUGGACAACAGGAUGGUGUACCUGAACCUAGGGAUGGACGCGCAGUUCGGCAAGAUGGGCGACGGCGAUGACGGCGGGGGCAGGGGGCCGUCUUCUUUGUUCUCCCCGCAUGGCUACCAUUGACAAGCUGGAGCGGCCGGCUGCUGCUCUACUAUAUAUCUCCUUGUAAGCUUAGAACUAAUUAAUUACAUGUUGUUAUUCAUAUCCACAUUACAGGAGAUGAAGAAGAUGAUGAUUGG